GGCCUGACCAAGUCGGUUUAGGAUUUAUCCAUUUCCUUCUUUUUUUAAAAAAGAAAUAUCAGAGAAAGUCGGUCAAGUUGAUUUAUAAAUUGCCUCUUACCCUUCAUUUUUUCAUCAUUACUACUUUCUAUCUAAUCCUCUCUCCAAUAAUCAUCAAAUUCUCCACAAGAACCCUAAUCCCUUCUCUUCGUACAUUCAAGAUGCAAAUCUUCGUGAAAACCCUAACCGGUAAGACCAUCACUCUCGAGGUCGAGAGUUCUGAUACCAUAGACAAUGUCAAGGCUAAGAUCCAAGACAAGGAGGGGAUUCCCCCAGAUCAGCAGAGGCUGAUUUUCGCUGGAAAGCAGCUCGAGGACGGUCGCACCCUCGCUGACUACAACAUCCAAAAGGAGUCGACCCUUCAUCUGGUGCUCCGUCUACGAGGCGGUAUGCAAAUCUUCGUUAAAACCCUCACAGGAAAGACUAUUACUUUAGAGGUCGAGAGCUCGGACACCAUUGACAAUGUUAAAGCUAAAAUUCAAGAUAAGGAGGGCAUUCCCCCAGACCAGCAGAGGUUGAUUUUCGCUGGAAAGCAACUUGAGGAUGGCCGGACUCUAGCUGACUACAACAUACAAAAGGAGUCCACCCUUCAUUUGGUUCUCCGUCUUCGUGGCGGUAUGCAAAUUUUUGUCAAGACCCUCACUGGAAAGACCAUAACUUUGGAGGUUGAGAGCUCUGACACCAUUGACAACGUGAAAGCUAAAAUACAAGACAAGGAGGGAAUCCCCCCAGACCAGCAGAGGCUCAUCUUUGCCGGGAAGCAGCUAGAGGAUGGUAGGACUCUUGCUGAUUACAACAUUCAAAAGGAGUCCACCCUUCAUUUGGUUCUCCGUCUUCGUGGCGGUAUGCAAAUCUUUGUCAAGACCCUCACUGGAAAGACCAUAACUUUGGAGGUUGAGAGCUCUGACACCAUUGACAACGUGAAAGCUAAAAUACAAGACAAGGAGGGAAUCCCCCCAGACCAGCAGAGGCUCAUCUUUGCCGGGAAGCAGCUAGAGGAUGGUAGGACUCUUGCUGAUUACAACAUUCAAAAGGAGUCUACCCUCCACUUGGUUCUCCGUCUUCGUGGUGGUAUGCAAAUCUUUGUCAAGACCCUCACUGGAAAGACCAUAACUUUGGAGGUUGAGAGCUCCGACACCAUUGACAACGUAAAAGCUAAAAUACAAGACAAGGAGGGAAUCCCCCCAGACCAGCAGAGGCUCAUCUUUGCCGGGAAGCAGCUAGAAGAUGGUAGGACUCUUGCUGAUUACAACAUUCAAAAGGAGUCUACCCUCCACUUGGUUCUCCGUCUUCGUGGUGGUAUGCAGAUUUUUGUUAAGACCCUUACUGGGAAGACAAUAACCUUGGAGGUUGAGAGCUCCGACACAAUUGACAAUGUCAAAGCAAAAAUCCAAGACAAGGAGGGUAUCCCACCAGACCAGCAGAGACUUAUCUUUGCCGGUAAGCAACUAGAGGAUGGGAGGACUCUUGCUGAUUACAACAUUCAAAAGGAAUCUACUCUCCACUUGGUUCUCCGUCUUCGUGGUGGUAUGCAGAUUUUCGUAAAGACCCUUACAGGAAAGACAAUAACCUUGGAGGUUGAGAGCUCCGACACUAUUGACAAUGUCAAAGCAAAGAUCCAAGACAAGGAAGGUAUCCCACCAGAUCAGCAGAGACUUAUCUUUGCCGGUAAGCAACUCGAGGAUGGAAGGACACUUGCUGACUACAACAUUCAGAAAGAGUCCACCCUUCAUCUUGUGCUUCGUCUUCGUGGUGGAAUGCAAAUUUUUGUGAAGACCCUUACAGGAAAGACCAUCACCCUCGAGGUUGAAAGCUCGGAUACAAUCGACAAUGUAAAGGCAAAAAUUCAAGAUAAGGAAGGAAUCCCCCCUGACCAACAGAGGUUGAUUUUUGCUGGGAAGCAAUUGGAGGAUGGCAGGACUCUUGCGGAUUACAACAUCCAGAAAGAGUCGACCCUUCACCUUGUGCUGCGUUUGAGGGGUGGCAUGCAGAUCUUUGUGAAGACAUUGACUGGGAAGACCAUCACUUUGGAGGUGGAGAGCUCCGAUACCAUUGAUAAUGUCAAGGCGAAAAUUCAAGACAAAGAGGGCAUCCCACCAGACCAGCAGAGGUUGAUUUUUGCUGGGAAACAAUUGGAAGAUGGAAGGACUUUGGCUGAUUACAACAUUCAGAAGGAGUCUACUCUUCACCUUGUUCUCCGUCUUCGUGGUGGCAUUUAAAUCUGUUUCGCUAUUAUGAAUGCAUUUUAUUUUUCUGUUUAUGGUUUACUACUAUGGAACUGCUUUUAUGUUUUAGUACGGUUUAUGGUUUUAAAAACUUUUAUAUAUGACGGUUUAUGGUUUGGCCUAGGGAGGUCUGAAUAAAAUUUGGUAUUUCGUGCU